UGACUUUUGUCAUUAUCACUCAUCAGUAUACACACUAUAGCUUAUAGGAAUACAACUUUGUACAAAACAUUGUACGCUGUCACUAUUUACCACAAGAUAAUGUCGGUUUAUGAAAAUGUGGAUUAUGAUGGAUUAUUAGUAAAAAUGGACCGAAAAUCUUUCGUGAUCGAUGUCCGUGAGAAUCACGAGCUUGCUGCAACAGGAUCAAUACCAAACAGUAUUAACAUACCGCUUGGUGAGUUAGAAAAUGAAUUAAAUCUACCGGCAAACGUGUUUAAAGACAAGUAUAAAUUAUCUAAACCAGAAAAGGAGAAUGAUGAGAUUGUAUUCUCAUGUGCUCGAGGAAACAGGAGUCGACGAGCAGCUGAAAUUGCAUUCAAACUAAACUAUAAAAAAUUAUUCAAUUAUACAGGUGGUUGGGCCGAAUGGUCCGUGAAAUAUCCUAGAUCAUGAUUAAGUGACAUCAUCACAGAAAAUAAUAAAUAGCUAAUAAAACUAUAAUUUUAAAUGAAUCAUAUUAAAUUAUAUAUAUAUUUUGAAUUUU